AUGCCUGACGAACACAUGGACGAUUCUGAAGGCUCGCCUGUCCAGCAGGCGCAGCAGAUCGCCUCCGCUGGCGCUGACGACAAUACAGCUUCGGUGCCUCGCGAUAACUCGGGCAUGCCCAAGCCAAAACGUCUCGCUUGCAUGGUGUGCCGGAAGCGCAAGCUCAAGUGCGACGGUGUCCGACCUAGCUGCAGCACCUGUUCCCGUCUGGGGCAUACGUGCGCCUACGAUGAGCAGCGCAGGAAGAGCGGACCGAAGAGAGGCUACGUCAAGGCCCUGGAGGAGAGACUGAAGCAAGUAGAGACCCUUCUCAAGACGCAGGAUCCAAAUGCUGGCCCCGCAGCAGCGACAGCCGAUAAGAGCGGCGGCAGCGCCCCGCUGCAGAAGUCCAUGGGCCUCUCUGCGGGUGUCGAUUGGGACGCGAAUGCUAGACAGACCUUCGGUCGCGAGUCGUCGCAACAGCCCGGCCUUUCUGCUGGCGGUGGCCCUCCCCCUCCCCCGAUGGACGACUUUUCCUUCGGCACUGCCGCCAUGGGCAUCGAUAAUGACGACUUCUCCUGGGAGAUGAUUAGCAUGGGACUCGAGGAGCCCCUUCCGCCGCAGCAGACAAUCGACGAGCUCCAGCAGAUCUACUUUGAAAAGGUUCACCCGUCCAUACCCAUGAUACACAGGUGCCGCUACCUGGCAGCCAUGGACCUGCCGCCCAACCAGAGACCGCCCGUCUGUCUGCGCUACGCCAUGUGGACCAUGGCGUGUUCCAUCACCGACAGGUUCCUGGACAUGAGGCACCUGUUCUAUCAGAGGGCACGCAGGUAUCUCGAGGGAGACUAUAUCAAGGGCUUCGGAGAGCACAUGAUCUCCGUUGCUCACUGCCAGACGCACAUCCUGCUCUCCUUUUACGAGAUGAAGAUGAUGUACUUUCCGCGUGCGUGGAUCAAUACCGGUUCUGCCGUCAGGCUCGCCCAGAUGAUCGGACUUCAUCGUAUCGAUGGCGCAGGGAUGGAAGUGAAGCAGUGCCUACCACCCUCGCAAGACUGGACCGAAUGCGAGGAGAGGCGGCGAACCUUCUGGAUGGCCUUUUGCGAGGACCGGUACGCGAGCAUAGGCACGGGGUGGCCCAUCGCGAUCGACGAGCGGGACAUCGUGACCAACCUGCCGGCGUCGGAGGAGGCCUUCGAGAUGGGCCGGCCGGAGAGGACGAUGUCGCUGGGCGAGGCCAUCGAGCCGUCGGGGGCCUCGGGGCUGUCGGCCUUUGGCGCCGUCGUCCUCAUAGCCAGCCUGUUCGGCCGUAAUCUGAUGCACCUCCACCGCCCGGACGCCGACGACGACGAGGAAAACCUCAACGGGCCCUUCUGGAAGCGCCACCGUCAGCUCGACAACAUCAUCCUCGACACGUCGCUCAACCUGCCCCCCAACCUCAAGCUGCCCGCCGGCAUCUCGAGCCCCAAUGUCGUCUUCGCCAACAUGAGCAUCCACACAUCGACCAUAUGCCUGCACCAGGCCGCCAUCUUCAAGUCAGAGAAGCACAACCUCCCCGGCUCGGUGGGGUCCGAGAGCAAGAUCCGCUGCAUCACCGCCGCCAACGAGAUUGCCAGCGUCAUGCGCACCGUAUCCCACAUGGACCUCGCUUCGAUGAACCCGUUCAUCUCAUUCUGCCUAUACGUCUCCGCACGCGUAUUCGUCCAGUACCUCAAGAGCCGACCGGACGACAGCCAGACGGCCGACUCGCUCAACUUCCUCUUGUCGGCCAUGCAUGCGCUGAAGCGUCAGAAUCCCCUGACCGAAUCCUUCCUCGUCCAGCUCGACGUCGAUCUCGAGGUGCUGUCUGCGCGGAUACCCAGGCUGAGAAGCCAAUUUCCCCGACCGGGCGACAGUCCACAAGGUGAGGACAACCUCCGUACCAUCCGGACCGGGACCCCCCGUGGCACCACGUGCGACCGAGGCUUGCGCAGCAUCAUGGUCCGCGGCGAAGUUGACUACGUCGACAUGGCGGGCAAGAACGGGAAGGAGACGGACGCGCCGAACACGCUGGACACCGGCCUAAACACGCAGCAGUGGUUCCCGGCCGAGUCGCUGUCCGGCGCCGCAUCCAGCUACGAUCGGACCAACAGCGGUGAUAAUCAGGGAUCCACGGACGGGCAGUCGAACCGGCCCACGCCCAAUUCCAGCACCAACAGCGGCUGCAGGGACAGCGCGGCUGCAGGUGCAGGUGCAGGUGCAGGUGCGAGCGCGAGUGCAAGUGCAAGCGCAAGCGCAAGCGCAGGCGCGUAUUUCUCUUGUCGCCACGAGCAGCAGCACGCGGAUCCGUCGGCGGCCGCUGCUCCAUACCAGAGCAUUCCCGUGUCGCCACAGCAGCAGCAGCAGCAGCAGCAGCACAAUACCAUGGUCGGCAAUCAGACUGGAGGAGGAGGAGGAGGAGGAAGAGGUGGUGGCGGUGGUGGUGGUGGCGGCCGUGGUGUAGUGGGGAAUUCAGGCAACUUUUUCGUCUCACAUAACCAACAUCAACAUCAACAGGGACAACAGCAGAAUGCAUUUGACAUGGCGAAUGGUUGGGCCAAUAUCCAGAGUCAGGUCACUAUGCCACAGGUUGGAGAUGGUGUGUUGAGGGUACUGAUGAAUAUGGGACCUAUGGAUGCCAUGGAUCUGUCUUCUUGGGAUCAAGGGAACGAGGCUAUGAGGUGA